AUGAAUGAAAAUGAUCACUGUGAAAUAUUUGAUUUCAUUGUUGAUCCUGAAUGGAAAGAUGUUAGAGCAGAGAUUGCAACAAAUACUCUCGUAUAUCAUUAUCUAAUUGAAUCUAGAACUUUUGAAGAUAAGCUAAAAGGAUCGUAUGUAUUAAUCGUUCAUGAAAAAGUAUUAAAGUAUUAUGAAAAAGAUAUAUCAUCAGAAGACUAUGAAGUGCUUAAGAAAAAAUAUCCAGAAAA